UUGAGCUUUGAAAGAGGGGGCCAUCAUCCCGGCGGCUCGGAGGUGAAAAAAUACAGUUUAAAGUCUCUCUGGAUGCAUUUAAAAUGAAUAAGCAGGCUUUUCUGACAGGCACCUGAAUGCCCGUCCAGCGCCCUUUCAUUUCCUCGCUGGGUUUCUUUGGAUGUACUCCCUUGGCAUUUUGUGCUGUCCAUCUGAUGUUUCCCAAGACUCCUCAAGACCAAUGUCUUAGUUCUGACUAGACAUUCAUUAAAAAAAAAAAUACUUUCAUGCAUUCAGUAUACAUAGCUUAAAAAAGAAAUCUCCAGCAGGAAUUCCACCAACCCAUCGCCUGUAUCGCCCUCCUUCCCCUCUCCCUUUUUCUCUUCACGUCAGAUUAAGAGGGGCACCGAAACCCACUUAAGACGCACAGGCGCACACAUAACGUGCACAGGCCAGCAUGUCCUCCAUCCUUCCCUUCACUCCCCCGGUAGUGAAGCGCCUCCUGGGAUGGAAGAAGACUCCGGCAGGGAGUGGGGGAGCCGGAGGAGGCAUCGGAGGAGUUGGGGAGCAGAACGGAGGGGGGCAGGAGGACAAGUGGUGUGAAAAAGCUGUAAAGAGCUUGGUGAAGAAGCUGAAGAAGACUGGGCAGCUGGAUGAGCUAGAGAAAGCCAUCAGCACGCAGAACAGCAACACAAAGUGUGUGACCAUACCCAGGUCACUGGACGGGCGUCUUCAGGUGUCCCAUCGCAAGGGCCUGCCCCACGUCAUCUACUGCCGCCUGUGGAGAUGGCCGGACCUCCACAGCCACCAUGAGCUCAGGGCCAUCGACUCCUGCCAGUUCGCCUUCAACCUCAAAAAGGAUGAAGUGUGUGUCAAUCCCUACCAUUACCAGAGAGUGGAGACGCCGGUGCUGCCUCCGGUGUUGGUGCCACGCCACACAGAGAUCCUGACAGAGCUUCCUCCUCUAGACGACUUUACAAACUCCAUCCCCGAAAACACCAACUUCCCCGCCGGCAUAGACCCUCCUAAUAACUAUAUACCAGAGACUCCUCCACCUGGCUACAUCAGUGAAGAUGGAGAGACCAGCGACCAGCAGAUGAAUCAAAGUAUGGAAUCAGGCUCACCAGCAGAAAUGUCACCCGGCACCCUAUCACCUGUCAGUCAUGCUCUGGACCUUCAGCCAGUUACCUACAGUGAACCAGCUUUCUGGUGCUCGAUAGCCUACUAUGAGUUAAACCAGCGGGUCGGAGAGACGUUCCACGCCUCGCAGCCAUCGCUGACAGUCGAUGGCUUCACCGACCCCUCCAACUCUGAACGCUUCUGUCUAGGGCUUCUCAGCAAUGUUAACAGGAACGCAACUGUUGAAAUGACAAGGAGACACAUAGGUCGCGGUGUGAGGUUGUAUUACAUCGGAGGGGAGGUGUUCGCCGAGUGCCUCAGCGACAGUGCCAUUUUUGUCCAGAGUCCCAACUGCAACCAGCGAUAUGGCUGGCACCCUGCCACAGUCUGCAAGAUACCGCCAGGCUGCAAUCUGAAGAUUUUUAACAACCAGGAGUUUGCUGCACUGCUGGCCCAGUCAGUCAAUCAGGGUUUUGAGGCAGUCUACCAACUAACCAGGAUGUGCACCAUCAGAAUGAGCUUCGUCAAGGGCUGGGGAGCGGAGUACAGACGUCAGACCGUAACCAGCACUCCCUGUUGGAUUGAGCUGCAUCUCAACGGCCCCCUCCAGUGGUUGGAUAAGGUGCUGACCCAGAUGGGUUCACCAUCAGUGCGCUGCUCCAGCAUGUCCUAAACGAGGUCCUGCUGCUGCCUACGCAAAGUCAGUCUGAUUUUUCACAACAUUUGUCCUUGCCCGUAUGUCCUAAGGAAGACCACAAUGCAGUCUUAAAUUGAUGCACCACCAACAUUAUCAUUUUAAGAAAGAGAGAGAGAGAGAGAAGAAAAAGUAACAACAAAGAUUACACAAUGCACCUGGAGGACGGGAGAACAACAUGCUGAUAAGACAAUAGUGGGAUGUUAACAAUGAUGUCACAGUGGGCCUGAUCAUCCUUUCUGGCUCCGUUGGAUUAAUGUUAGGAUGACAUUCCAGUAAUCAUGGAUCUAGUAAUUGAAAUCUUCCUGCAAUAUAUAAAAAUGUCGUAAUGGACCAGACUGCAUUCAUGUUUUUUGGUAUUUGACUGAGGCUCUGAUCCAGAAACGGCUUCGCUGUCCUGCUAAGUGACACGUCAGUGGCCGUUUCGGGGACGCGCGUGUGACCUCCUAGCUACAGGGCUGUCUCUGUACAACCACUAGUCCACCUUACUGCUUCACUACCUACCGGCCGCGGCGCAACUUUGAUUCAGCGUCAGGAUUUAUUUUUUUUUUGUCUACACAAGGUUGACCAGCAGUAGUACUGCCACUCACUGGCUCACGUUCAACCAAAGUCAGCUCCACGCCUGGACAUGAAUUCUUUUUUUGGUUUUGAUGACCGAACUUCCAUUCUCUUUUCAUCUGAAAUUUCCACUCUUCUUCUAAAUCAGGCCUGUGCCGUUAGCUCAGACCUGCCGACGCUGGAGUGAUGGACUUCAGCUCUGAAAGGGGUGACCACCGGGGAGAGCAUGUUGAUGUCUAUACUUAAUAUUCCAUACCCUGUCUUCACAUGGUCAAAUGCACACACACACACACACACACACACACACACACACACACACACACACACACA